GCUUCAUCUGCGCUAGGCCCCCUGAAGUCUAGCGCCACCCAAGCUUCUUUCCAUCUUAAGCUCAACACCACUCUUGUUGUCAUCAAUCCUCUUUCUAGGAUAUCAAUUGAUGUCUUCAAUCUAAGUUACACGUUUUUUCGGCAUUACAGCAUAUUCCAGAACAUUUGAUAGUGAUAUUCGAGUAAUAGAAGAGCUUCUUGAGAGCUUCGCAUCAAUAACCAAAAGCUAUGGACCUAGACGCUUCUACGACCCAUCGCCAUCCAUGGGAUUCAAACUGCAUCAUGUCAUCAGAUCGCUUCGAUACCAAGCAAUGAAGUCUUUCUACGGUUGAUUGCCGGAUAUGAACAUAAUCGCGUGAAGCGACUGGUUCUCCUUUCCUUGAAUCGAGCAACGGUGGUCCACCAGGAAGAAGGUGAACUGCACAUAAAUCUUGCUCGUGACUGCCUCGUUCCUUCUUGACUUUGAAUUUGGUAACAAUCCCCACGAAUCUUUGGUUCUUUCUUCUCUACUUCUAUUCACAGUGUCUUUUCGCAAGUGAUAAAGCUAUCUCUUCCCUUCUUCUCACUACAGAAAUUUUCACGGCACAGGAUAUCACAAGACGAUAUGCAACGCAAAUCCACCUCGUCGUCACCCACUGGGGUUGCAGCCAUCUACAUACCAAAUCUGUGUAGCAAUAACCAAAUACUCCCGGAUGAAGUUCUACCUUACACAACAGUGAGGCGCUGGAGCAACGCAGAAGCCGCGGAAGGGCCAGGCGCACCCGUGUCUGAUAGGCCUAUGUGGAAGAGCAUCAGCUGGGUCGAGGAGCCGGAACUACCCCCAAAAAGCAGCAAGAAGCUUGAGGACUUGAGCCGCAAGCUAAUGCCGCGGAAGUUCUCUCUCAUGUUGCCAAGUAUUAGACUGGAAUCGAAGAAGGGCAAAGCUCCAGACAGGAGCUACCAGCCACCGGAUACUGAGAACCGCCUGGAAGUGAUACCGCCAUGUGGCAACCCCGAGGAGACAACUUCAGCAUGUCCUCGAAUAUGCCCUCCAGUACCAGCGACGUCAUGUGAAGCGACGGCAGCAAGUCAAUCGACGGGUCGCAGAUCUUCUCUGUCAAAACUCAAACACUUCUUCUCUACCCGUAGAGACUCGGGUACGGCGCCGGAAAAGGACAAAACGCCACUCUACUACCACGAUCACUUAGAGCCGUUAGCCAGAGACGGAAUGUUGCGGUUCUCGACGGUUUCUAUCGUCAUACCUAGGCGCUCUUUGGUGCCGAAGAAGAAAGUGAGAGCAGUAGAUAUCAUUAGAUUGGAGGAUAUCACGACCAAGCCAUGCUCGAGCACGUACUGGCAAGAUGAGAGCUACAGGAACCGGCGAUGUACUGUUGCUUCGCCGGAGCCGAGUUGCGCUCCUUUGAGAGAAACCAGUGAGUAG